AUGAUCGCCUCGCGGACAAUGCUGCUCGUCCCGGUCUUGUUACUGGCGGUGUUCAGUCGGACCAGUCACGCACAAGGCAUGGAAUUGCCGACGGGAACAUUUGCACAGAACGUUACGUCAGACUCGACGCAACUGACGUGUACGUGUCACUUGUCCGCCGUGGACGCACACGCUGCGCCGUCGUGACACCUGGGCGCUGACUGGGCUGCCUCAACACCUCCAGACACGUCCCUAUGGCGAUCUGAUACAGAGGACGGGUUCUAUCAAGGUCGGUCGGCGUCUUUGAGCAUGCUCGAGCUAUCAUCAUGGUCCAGGCGCUGACUUGUUGUACACAAUUGUCCUGAUCGCAGCCUACUCCAACCUGUCCGAUGCUUCCGUCACCUUCACCUUCACCGGCGUGGGGGCAACUUUUUGGUCGGUCCGCAAAGCCGACCGGGGGCUUUGUCAGUUGAUUGUCGACGGUUCGGUAGCCUACACGUACGUCCGAGCCGACCCCUCCGACAUAUUCGAAGCGGAUGGCCUGCGUGUGGGCCAGAGCUGACCCUGAAGGUUUUGGGGUAUGGCGUAUAGAAUUGACCUCUACGAUGACUCUGGCGUCUCCAAGGGCCAACAACAGAUCUGGUCCAGUGGAGUACUGACAUACCAACAGCAUACCAUCACGUUGGCGCAGGUUGGCCCCGAUGCUCGGUUCGGCUACUAUCCCUAUCUCAUCACCGAAAUUUGGACCGAGUUCGUGCCCAUCAACAUCGCAUCGUACACCGCGACAGAGUCCGUUCCCACCGCCCAUCCCACCGGGGGCUCGCAUGGACAGGAAGUUUCUGAUGCAUCGCGGGUCGCCCCCAUCAUCGGAGGCGUCGUGGGCGGAGUGGUCGCCCUCAUCCUGAUCUCGUUCUUGCUCUACCUCUGGCGGCGAGACAAGAAGACGCGCGAACGAGGACGGACCGAAGGUGCGCCUGUUUACAAGGUCCGCAAGGCCGGGGAAACGAUGGCGAUCGAGGACGAGACAUCACCCUAUGCGCAUUCACCGUACAGCCCGGGACCUUAUGGCCCGCACGGUCCCGGCGGUGGUUAUAUCGCCAGUGCGACGGGCACCCAAUACGGCGGUUCGAACACCCACGUGCACCCUCACAACCUGGCGCUGAUGACCCACCACGGUGCCACCCCGUCGCCGGUACAUUGGGCCGGAAAUCAACACCUGAUAGCGCCGGCGCAUCUUCCUGACCUCACCGACUCGUCCGGUUCCUACUCCUCGGCCUACCCAGUAACCGACGCCACAAGGUACCCCUACGGGCAACGCUCGAUCUCGACACCGUCCAACGCGUCCGUAUAUGGCGCUCACCACUAUCCUCACUAUGCCGCGAGCUCCCGCGAGCCCAUGACGCGGUCCCCACGCGAUUAUCCUUACGUCACGCAGAGUGUCGCCGACGACACACGGAGAUUACCCGUCCCCGAGAUUUAA